CACAUGGUCUUUUUCACCAUCGGUGUUCGCCAUCUUACUGCAAGAUGAGUAAGAUUACCAGGGAUACCCUGUACGAAGCCGUACAAGAAGUCCUUAAAGGAAGUCAAGAGAAAAAAAGGAAAUUUCAAGAGACAGUCGAACUACAGAUUAACCUGAAAAAUUAUGAUCCACAGAAAGACAAGCGUUUCUCUGGAACAGUGAAGCUGAGGAAUAUACCGCGACCGAAAUUCAGGAUCUGUGUUCUUGCUGAUCAGCAGCAUAUGGAUGAAGCUAAAGCUAACAACUUGCCAUGUAUGGAUGCUGAGGCUUUGAAAAAGCUGAACAAGAACAAAAAGUUGGUUAAGAAAUUAGGUGAGGUCAAAGCCACCAUCAAAUUCCAAAUGAAGAAGGUGUUGUGCUUGGCUGUUGCUAUUGGCCAUGUUGGAAUGGGUGAAGAUGAACUUGCAGCAAACAUCAAUUUGGGCAUCAAUUUCUUAGUUUCAUUGUUGAAAAAGAACUGGCAGAAUGUCCGAUCUCUUUAUAUUAAGAGCACCAUGGGAAAACCUCAGCGAUUGUAUUAAUUUAAUAUUCAUCUUGUAAGAUCAGAUGUGUACAAAUAAAUGAGUGGUCCGAGGUGUA